AUGACUACCCAGAGUAAAGGAAAACAACCUAUACGAAAUGUUCUCAGCGUACAAAGCAAUUCCGUGAACGGAAAGGUCGGCGAACCAUAUAAGAUGAGAAUAACUUCAGGUGGAAGUAUAUCAUCUUAUGUAGAUUUCGCAGUGAAAUUCUUGAGUGACAAUCCACAUACUCCAUUGAUCCUCCAUACUCUCCCACCCCCUCCUUCGUCUGACCCACUCUCUCAAACCAAUAACGAGGCAGGACCUUCGAAGCUCAAAUCAACAACAUUACUGCCGUGUACAACUGCCAUACCUAGACUCAUCUCAGUAGCUGAGAUCGUGAAGAGAGCGUAUCUAGCUGAGAUGCGUCAGAGUAAGAAAGGGAAAGGGAUAUGGCAGUAUACUGAAUCGUCAUUAUAUCAUCCUUCUCAAAUUACGCAUACAAGUGGAAAUAGCAAGGGAACAGAAGAAAACAGCUUAGAAAGGGUAUUAGGUGGUAAAACAAAAUUGGAUAGGCCAAAAAUGACACAUCAUCCUUAUCUUUCUAUAACGCUCUCAACAAAACCAUUAGGCUUAGAAGAAAAGAGAAAUGUAACGAUGCAGUAUGUACUGGUCAAAAAGAAGAAUAGGGGUAAGAAGGGAAAAGGUAAGACUGCUGAUCAAGGAGAUGCAGACGAGGAAGAAGAGCAGCAAGUCCAACAUGUCGAAGUCGCCGAUGUCGAUAGGGGGUUAGCAGGGUCUGAUACAGCCGAACUCGCUAAAAAAGGAAAGGAAAGAGAGAAACGCCCUGCUACUGCUCCAAAGGGGAGAUCUGUAUUGAAGAGGGGCUCAGAUAGCGAAGAUAGAGUAGGAAAAAAGAGGAAGACUUAA